AUGAAGAUCAGCAUCCUGCUCAUGUUCUUUUGGGGAUUAUCCUGUGCUCUCCCAGUGGCCAGGUAUCAAAAUAAUGAAUCUGACAGUUCUGAGGAAUGGAAGGAUCAUUUGGGUCAGGCACCAACUCCACCCUUGGAGAGCACUGAGUCAUCAGAAGGACGUAAAGUUAGCUCAGAGGAACAGGCAAAUGAAGACCCCAGUGACAGUGCUGAAUCAGAAGAGGGGCUGGGCUCUGAUGAUCGUCAAUACAUUUAUAGACCAACUGGUGGCUUCUCCAGGAGCACAGGGGAAGAAGGAUAUGAUAAAGAUGAUGAUGAAGAUGACAGUGGAGAUGACACCUUUGGCGAUGAUGACAAUGGCCCAGGGCCCAAAGACAGACAAGAAGGAGGAAAUUCCAGACUGGAAAGUGAUGAGGACUCUGCUGACACCACACAAUCCAGUGAAGAGGGCACCCCACAAGGGCAAGACAGUGCCCAAGAUACCACCAUUGAGAGCAGGGACCUUGACAAUGAGGACCAGCUGGACAGCAGGCCUGAGGGAGGUGACUCCACUCAGGAGAGUGAGAGUGAAGAGCACUGGGUGGGCGGUGGCAGUGAUGGGGAGAGCAGCCAUGGAGAUGGCUCUGAGUUUGACGAUGAGGGAAUGCAGAGUGACGACCCAGACAGUAUCAGGAGUGAGAGGGGGAACUCCAGAAUGAACAGUGCAGGCAUGAAAUCAGAAGAAUCUAGAGAAAACAGUGGGCAAGCAAACAUUCAAGAUUCAGGUGACAGCCAGUUGGUGAAGCAUCCUACUAAACAAAUGUUUGGAAAGUCUCACAUCUCAGAGGAAGAUGACAAAGGUGAACUUGAUGACAACAACAUGAUGGAAGAAGUCAAGAGUGACUCUACAGAAAACAGCAACUCCAGAGAAGCUGGCCUCAGUCAACCCAGGAGAGACAGCAAGGGUGACUCUCAAGAAGACAGCAAGGAGAAUCCAUCCCAGGAAGACAGCCAAAACCUAGAUGACCCCAGCAGUGAGUCCAGCCAAGAGGCAGACCUUCCAUCCCAAGAGAGCAGCAGUGAGUCUCAGGAAGAGGUGGUGAGUGAGUCCAGGGGAGAUAACCCCGACCCCACAACCAGUUAUGUAGAAGACCAGGAAGACAGCGACUCCAGCGAAGAGGACAGCUCGCACACACUUUCCCACUCUGAAAGUGAAUCCAGAGAGGAGCAAGCAGACAGCGAAUCUAGCGAGAGUCUCAACUCCUCGGAGGAAAGCCCGGAGUCUCCCGAGGAUGAGAACAGCUCCAGCCAGGAAGGCCUCCAGUCUCACAGCGCCUCAGCAGAGAGUCAAAGUGAGGAAAGCCAGUCUGAGGAAGAUGACAGUGACUCUCAAGACAGCAGCAGAUCUAAAGAAGAUAGCAACUCCACGGAGAGCAAAUCAAGCAGUGAGGAAGAUGGCCGAUUGAAAAACAUUGAGGUAGAAAGCCGGAAAUUAACAGUUGACGCCUAUCACAACAAACCCAUUGGGGACCAAGAUGAUAAUGACUGCCAAGAUGGCUAUUAG